UUUUUUUAUGGAAACACACCAAAUACCAAACCACAUCUAUGCCGCCCCCGCGACCACUUCUGCCCACCAGAACUCCAGGCUAUAUAUGCAGGUCAUGCCUGCUACGAUUAGAUGCACCCCGACGGCAACGUCCACCACCGCCAUGGCUGCUUCGAAAUGUGACCAAUGGCAGUGGCAAUCCCCCACCAGAAAGUGUCAUUCGGCGUUCCGCAGAAGAUAAACCAACUAUUCAUGUCAGAUACUUCGAGGAGACGCCCGACGGAGACCGGAGGGAGGUAAGUGGAGAUCCAGAAGAGGCCCUGCUGGAUUCAAUGCGACCAGAACUAGACGACUUGGACAAAAGGAACCAGGAGAUAUUAGGAAGGGAUGGAGUGGCAGAUGAAGACAUGGAAGAUGCGAUCCAAAGCAAAAUCGACCAGGAGGAAGAUACCCGGGAUAUAACAAUAGCAAACAACGACCUAGAGAGUCUGAUAUCGAGAGUUCGUGCCAUUUCCGACAAGGAGGUUAUCACCCGAGAGGACCGAUGGAAGAUUCGGGAGAUCCUCUUCAACAUUCAGCCCAAUGAACACAUUCAGCGGAAAAAAGAUUUCGGACUGGAUCCAGAGGAUGGUACUUGAUGGUCAACUUUAUGUACAUACUAUAUACUAACGGCUGUUCAGUUCCACCUCACCCCUCCAAUUUUAUAUUUCCAGAUACCGCUCCUACCAUAACUUCCACACCAGAACCUAAAACUUCUAUGUUGGCAAGAAUUAAAAAAGUUCUAACUCGUGAUGCUACUACUACUCCAACCCUCGAGUUCUCUCAACAAAACAUCCAAAAGUUCCCAGAAUCAUUUUGGGGCCAUUUAAAAAGCUUGAAGGCCAGUUUAAGGUCAGCUUCCGAGAACCCUGCUACUGCCAAAGUCGACAUCAAGAUCUUCAAACGUCAAGUACGAAAAGUAUGGAGGAACUACUUAAUGUGCCGAAGUGCACUUGUGCAUUUUCCCCAUCUUGUUCCACGCAGUGUUUGGGAAGUACUGUUGGAUAUCCUUUCAAGCAUCAAUGGUACGGAUUACCUUGAUCGAAUGAUGCAUAUCAAAUACAUUGGAGACGACUGCAGAAGAGCGAGGGUACACAUGACAUUUGACCAAAGAAUGAUAUACAUUGAGGCUCUGAUAGUUCAGGGCAUCCCAGAGGAUCGCGACGUAGCGCUCAUGGUGUGGGAGACAAGCAAGGCUGCAGCUUUGCGAAAUCAGAGCGCCAGGAUUUAUUACGAACUCGGUGUGAAAGUCUUCUGUCAUCGCGCAGAGCUCGAUCGAGCCUUGCAGACAGCAGAAACAUUAUUAGAGAGUUGGGAUGAUGAUGUUACUGCCUACCGGGUUCUUCUCCCUAUUAUUCAGACACAUUUGGCCAUUGGAUCAGACCCUGCGAUUCAAACUGCUUGGGGGCUCUAUUUACGGCUCAAAUUUCAUAUGGGUUCUCGUAUAGAUAUUACAGAUUACGAUGCUGUCGGCCUGGCCUUUCUUGAAGCCAACCAAGCUGAUCUUGCCCUAGCUUCAUUCCGAGAUAUGAUGCUCACACCCAAAGAAGCUCGCAGAGGACCGCGAGCGUGUGAUGCCAGUACUGGAUUGGUCAAGCUCUCUCACUUCAACCCCCGCUCUCUUGCAACGCUACCACCUGAGUUCAACAACAAGUAUUUUUUUGGUAGUUGGAUGAAGAGGCUUAUAGGACAGGGUGAGAUUGGUGCCGCAAAAAGAGUUCUUGACAUCACAUUUGAACGUGGUAUUCGUCCCGAUUCUCGCCAUGUCAACGGUAUUAUCGGAGCUUGGAUGCGAGAAGGAACACGUCCAAGUCAGAGGAUGGCGGAAGAUAUGGCGUGGAGGAUGAUAAAUACCAGGUUAACAUAUAUCAGAAACCGUAAUGGUAAGAGAGCCAGUCUCACAAAUGAGCUUGAAGGUGCUCUGCGUACCAUCCAAACCCACAGCAAACCUGAUACGAAAGGGCUGGCUCAAAUGCCAGCUGCGACUAUUGAAACUUUCUCGAUCCUCGUAAAUCGAUAUCGGCGACAAGAUCGAACAGAGGACCUUGAGUCACUUUUUGAGACUUUGCGAAAAGCUGAGGUGCAACCCAACACAUACUUUAUGAACGAAUUGCUUCAAAUGGAUAGUAAUAUUAAACGUGGCGACUGGGCAUGGAAUACCUACAUCAACUUGACUCGACAUAGUGGUGUAAAACCAGAUUACCGUACCUUUACCACCCUAUGGCAUCAUUCAUGCAAAGUUUCCAGAGGCGUUGUCAAAAGAGGGGAAGCCAAAGUGACAACAUAUCCUUUGCCAAGCAUAAUUUUUCGGGAGAUGUUCAAGCAUAGGGAGGUUCUGCUGCGAAAGCCAGAAGAACCAUUCCCUAGAGAGCUCUACGACUACAUAAUUUAUUCUUUCAGUCUGAAAGAGGAUCAGGCUGGAACGGCAGUGGCAUUCAUGGCUCUAAAAAAAUACUUUAAUGCUUCCGUUGCGGAAGAGACAGCUCGUACUGUAAUUCUUCAACUUACACGACUUGGUCAAAAGAAUGAGGGGGGGUACAAGACUCGGCGUCUCGGACUGAGGAAAGCGGCUACCAGGCGGAGGAUGGCAAAUGUUAGCAAACUCUUUAUGGAAUUCAAGCAGAAAAGAGACAAACUUCUUUUAGCUCGGGGAAUCUCAUAUGAAGAUCUUUCAUACGAAGGAAAGAUGGAAGAAGCGAGGAUUGUUCUUUCGGAUCUGCUUCGAUAUGCUUUUGAAACUGGUAUAGAAUCGGAGGGGAGGGAGAUCUUGACGGCACCAGAAGUGUCGAAACGUGUAGCUGGGAAUAUGGGAGUUCCAGACUGUGCCGUUUGGUCGACGUCUGAAGAGUCAUGAUAUCGCAACUCAGAAAGAGUGUACUUGUAGCUCAGAUCAUCUAGGCCUGUGCUUGUAUUGUAAAUCACAUUUAAUUGUACAUUAUUCAUAUAGCAUGCCAAAUCCAUAGGCCGUUCU